AUGCAGUUGACUAUUCCUAACUCCUACCCGGAAGUAAUUCUUUUUUUUUUUUGCGAAAAUAUAUUUACGGUCAUCCGAAAUAUGUCUGACGUCGAAAGAGAGGAUUCUGCCCCUGCUGGAUCAUUAGAUCUUUACACUGCUCUUCAGGAAGUCCUGAAAACUUCUCUGAUCCAUGAUGGACUUGAGAGAGGUCUUAACCAAUGCUGCAAAGCAUUAGACAAGCGUCAGGCUCAUUUGUGCAUUUUGGCCAACAAUAUUGAUGAACCUGCAUACACCAGAUUGGUUGAAGCUCUUUGCACAGAACAUGGAAUUAACCUGCUUAAGGUUGAUGACAGCAAAAAACUUGGCGAAUGGGCUGGUCUUCGCAGAAUAGACAUGGAAGGCAAAGCCAGAAAAGUCAAUGGCUGUGGAUGUGUAGUGGUCAAGGAUUAUGGAAAAGAAUCCCAGGCUCUGGACAUUCUGAAUGAAUAUUUCCGUUCUAAGAAAUAA